UCGCUGCGGGGGCUGGCGGCAGGAGGAAAGUUUGCUAUUACUACGACGGAAAACAGUGGAGUGCCCCAAAGAAUGAACGACAGACGUAAGAACCCCAAAGUUCCCCCCAGCUCCCCUCCCUCCCGCGGGUGAUAUUGGAAACUACUAUUAUGGCCAGGGACAUCCCAUGAAACCACAUCGAAUCCGUAUGACCCAUAAUCUACUGCUGAAUUAUGGCUUAUACCGAAAGAUGGAAAUUUAUCGACCACAUAAAGCUGUAACUGAGGAGAUGACGAAGUACCAUAGUGAUGACUACGUCAAAUUUCUGCGAUCAAUACGACCAGAUAACAUGUCAGAGUACAGCAAACAGAUGCAAAGAUUUAACGUUGGAGAAGAUUGUCCCGUAUUUGACGGAAUGUUUGAAUUUUGUCAGUUAUCAACGGGAGGUUCAGUCGCUGCAGCAGUAAAACUCAACAGGCAACAGACUGACAUUGCAAUCAACUGGGCUGGAGGCCUUCAUCAUGCCAAGAAAUCUGAGGCAUCAGGUUUCUGUUAUGUCAAUGAUAUUGUUCUCGCCAUCCUUGAAUUGCUGAAAUACCAUCAAAGAGUUUUGUAUAUUGACAUAGAUAUCCACCAUGGAGAUGGGGUGGAAGAGGCCUUUUAUACAACAGAUCGUGUAAUGACUGUAUCAUUCCAUAAGUAUGGUGAAUAUUUCCCUGGCACAGGGGAUCUUCGGGACAUAGGGGCAGGCAAAGGUAAAUAUUAUGCUGUUAACUUCCCAUUACGAGAUGGAAUUGAUGAUGAAUCUUAUGAACAGAUAUUUAAGCCAAUUUUGACUAAGGUUAUGGAAAUGUACCAACCCAGUGCUGUUGUACUACAGUGUGGAGCUGAUUCAUUGUCAGGAGAUAGACUUGGAUGUUUCAAUCUCACACUAAAGGGUCAUGCUAAGUGUGUGGAAUUCAUGAAGACUUUCAACUUGCCCCUCCUGAUGCUUGGAGGAGGAGGAUAUACAAUCCGCAAUGUGGCUCGGUGUUGGACAUAUGAGACUGCUGUAGCACUGGAUACAGAAAUCCCAAAUGAAUUACCAUAUAAUGACUAUUUUGAGUACUUUGGGCCAGACUUCAAGCUACACAUCAGUCCUUCCAAUAUGAUGAACCAGAACACACUGGAAUAUAUGGAAAAAAUUAAACUGCGUUUAUUUGAAAAUCUACGCAUGCUACCACAUGCUCCUGGUGUCCAAAUGCAGGCAAUCCCCGAAGAUGCUAUUCAGGAAAAUAGUGGUGAAGAAGAGGAGGGAGAUCCUGACAAACGAAUUUCAAUCCGAGCAUCUGAUAAGCGAAUAGCACGUGAUGAUGAAUUUUCUGACUCUGAAGAUGAAGGAGAAGGAGGCCGGAGAAAUAUUACACACAACAAGAAAUGUACUAAACGAGCGAGAAUUGAAGAAAAGAAAGAACCAGAAGAGAGAAAACUAGAUACCAAAGAGGAAGACAUAUCUAAAGAUAGCAAUACAGACAUAACUGAUACAAAGGGGAUCAGGUCUGAGCAAACCAUUAAAUAGAAUGUGGAAAAAGCUGUAAAAGUCCUUCAGUUUAGGUAGCAUCUGCGAGAGAGAAGCGGUGUUUCCAUGUCAGAUCAGUGAACUUUCGUCAAAAUGGAUGAACUUUGGAGCCCACUAAUGCAGCAAACGGAGGUCAUAUCCCAAAGUAACAGCUCUGCUUUUGAAGGCUAAAAUCUUUUUAUACUUUUUCAAGUGGACCACAUAUUUAUUUCAAAACCAGGUCAGCUUUUUUCUUGACAUUCCGAAAAACAAGUACCAAUAGUCCUAAUUAUGAAACUGAAAGAAACGUUUAACUUUAAAAACCACCUUACCGAUAUUGCAAAUAAUAGCAUUUGUAAUUAAUGUUUUUUUAACCAAACAAUUUUGCUUAUAACUGAGCUAUCUGUUACUUUGUUAAAACUUUUUACUAUCUUUUACACAAAUUUGUAAUUAAAUGUUGUUACAUAACUGAAUAGUGCAGAAGUGAGUGUGUGUGUGUGCGUGUGUGUGUAUAUGUGUAUGUGUGAUAUGGAAAGGUAUUUACUCGAUGACAAAUGUAAAGCACCACCAUGAUUUCUGUUUUGCAACUUGAUGGCAUCUUCAAGACAAAACUAUUCAAGCUUUUACUUAGCAUAACAAUACAAGAACAUUCUGUUUGUAGACACCAAUUUCAAGUUAAAAAGCCACCUACUUGAUCAGGUAUUUUAAGGAUUAGAACUAAAUAGAAUGAAAGGACUAAUGGAAUUCUGUUUUGUAUGUGACUGGUGCUGAUGCAGAGAAUUCGUCAGCUUUCUGUGUAGGAAAAUCAUUUGACAAGAAAAAUAUUAGUUUUCCAGGUAAUUUAUUUUCCAGUCAUUUAUUUUGCUGCUAUGGUGUGGGGGCAGGGGUAGGGGGUGGGUGUAGGGGAAAAGGUAAUCUAAGGUUCCGAGCAUUUAAUAAAGUUUGAUCGUCCUUUCCUCACAAUCUAAAAUCUCCUGUUACUGAGUUCUUCACCUCCUUCUGGCUUCCCCGACCCCCUCUCAGAAUUCCUCAAUAUCAAACUUAAGUGGGUUCCAAGACUUUUCAGUAUCCUGCCAUUUUGAUUUUGGUUGGGUAGUGGUAGGCAGAUUUGCACUUCAGUACAGUUCAAUAAUGUACUGUUUUAUUUUAUUGUGAAUUAUAUAUGAUCUAAUUUAGCAGAGCCUCAGUGUUUUGCUCUUCGAAGGGCUAUAAUAUGAUCCUUGCUGUUUAUGUGAUGCACAUGCUAAGUUAAAGUCUAGAAGUAUCCUCCAGAAAUUGCCUUGCCAAUCAAAUGCCUUGAUUACUAUGAAUUUACUGACUUACCUCAGAAAGAGUUGGUAAUUGUCCACCUGCUGAACCACAUGAUGUCUUAAUUGCUGUAAAAUACCUUCGGCAUUGCAGAUAACUUUUUACAAGCUUGGAGUCAUAUUUGUUCUGUUAAGAGUUUUUUUUUAAAAAAAGGUAAAUAUCUUCUAUUUACUUUGUUUUUAUUUUUCAUGUCUAUCUAUUCCAUUCACCUCUUUGUUUUCCAAUUGUGUUAUUCAAUUAAAUAUUCUAACUGAUAUUAAGUUCCGUUUCUGACUUCUCAUUAAUCAUUCUUCAGUAUGCUUGAGGAAAUGCACAGAAGUCCUGUUGAAACCACAGUGUUUUCAGAUGACUUGUUGACAGCAGCAUGCUUUGCAAAAACACUUUAGAAAGUCAAUAGGCAAGUUCAUGGCUAAUGAGUGGCAGUGCUGGUAAAAAAAAACAUUAGCUUCAGAAUUAGUACUAUAGAAAUAGUUACAGAUUUCCACUUUUCGUGCACAGUUGGGAUUUAUUGAAAAUCUUUUACAUUACAUUUCAUUACGACAUUACUAAAAUAUGAAAAGUUUACUAGGUUCGAAUCCAAUUGAUAGGAAUGGAUAGCGCUACUUUUUUUUUUCCAGUUUGGAGUUUCAAGCCCUUUCGUGUUCUCUUUUCCCAGAAAAAAAUAUGGUCAAUUUGUCCUCAGAGAAAAGGUAAAGAACAUUUGUAAGACCCUAAAUGUUUUUGUCUGGAAUGUUCUGUUUCUCAAGAUAUCAGCUUGCUUAGCAAACACCUGAAGCUCCUAUUUUAAUUAAUAUUGAAAUAUAUUUGAAAAUGAUGCCUAAAGUUAAAAAUUGAAGUAGAAUUUAACAUUUGUGUUGUCGUUGCACAUAUCUCCAGUAUCUGCCAUAAUGGAGUGCUCUGCUAAUAAUGCCUUUUGUUUUCAAGUAGUCUCAUCAAGUGAAUAUGAAACACAACCAGGGUCUCAGGUUCAAGUGUAGAUUAUCCAAAUGGGAAUUUAGCAUUAAGAUUCCUACUAUCUAAAAAUUCGAUCUAAACAAUAAUUCUGUGCGCUUCAGAAUUCUGAAUAUCAUUUCUGCAGUUAUUAAAAAUGGUUGAGGAAAAAAAAAUAAAAUUCAUUUAGCAUUCCAGUUGUGUUGUAUGUGCCAACACUGCAAAGAUCUAUAGCCCCUUGAGGAUAUGGAAUGUGAUUACCAGAGAACAAGGAGCACAAGCAGUGUUGGGUCAUUAAUAUUGUAGUGACUAGACGGAAUGCCUUCAGUAUAUUCUCAUUAUAUCUACAUUAUACUGUGAAAAUACCUCACUGUACACAGACAUAAGAAAUAAAAUUCACUUUUUCUCUUGCUGGUUCCAAUUAAAGUGAUUGAUUUCUGAUCCACGUCUUUCAAAUGACUUGUAUUUCAGUGAAAAGGCCAUUUGGAUUUGUGUUAAAAGAAUAUCUGCAGUGUGCAAAAUCGAACAAGGCAACAGAAAUUUAUAAACCAAUGUUCAGUAACUAAUUGAUGUGGCCAAGUUUAAUAUUUCCCAAAAUCCUAUACAGAUUUUUUUUUUGUUUCUAAAAAUUUAUACCAAGAUUCAGGGAAGAUAGUUCAAAAAAAAUAAUGCCAUGCCUGACGAAUAAUGGUAGAAUUUCUCUGUGGGUUAUAAGUGCUCUUUUCAGUUUGAUAUCUUUUAUAUUCCGUAUUUUCAUCUGUUCUUUCUUGUUGCCAUUUGAGCAAUUUAAUUUGGUGCGAUUUGUAAGGUUUUUUUGUGUGGGGGAGUUGGAGUUUAAUGUUCUUGCAGUUUGCAUGAUUUGUUUUUCUGCGUGGGAGGGGAU